AUGGUGACAUUGCCUGAGUUGAAACAUCUUUCUAUUGAUCUGGAAAAUGAGCUUUACAAGCAAUAUAAUUCAACUAACCAGAUCUAUCAACAACACUAUCUCAAACUUUUAAAUAUUUUAAAAAUUUCUUCAGACAAGGUUUUGAAUGGUGAGGAGUCUCCGAUAAGUCUUGUAAAAAAAGCACGUUGUAUGUCAGAUGAUUUAUUGAACAACAUAGAUACUACAUAUAAACAUGAUCAACACGUUUAUGACAUCAAUUGUCAAGUUUGUAAUCCAUCACGUAACAUAAACAAAAACAGCGAGACAGUUGGAUCAAAAUUAAAUCCUACCAAAUCUUCUUUUAAAUUACCCGAUGAAACACUUUCAUCAAACGUAUCGGAUGUAAACUGUGCCUUUAAUGCUUUUCCUUCUGACGUCUCAAGUACAACUGAUAUUGAAAAGCCAAAAACUAAAGAAGCUUUCGAGGAUGAACUAAUUUUAAAAAGUAAGAAAAAUGAAAAUGAUGGCUCAUUCAAUAAUAGGUUUAUUAAGUGCAUCGCCCUGGCUUUUUGGAAUUCUCCAAGAAUCAGCCAAGUGGACAGACACGAUAUCAACAAAAAUAAAAUGUGCACCAAAGAGUGUCCGUUCUACGGCCCAAACAGUGAAUUAUACCAGCAAGUUGACAGCUUAGCGAUGGGAUUUCCAUUGGAGGAAUCCUUGAAGGAUUCCAAAAUUCCAAACUAUCAGUAG